AUGAAAAAUUAUUAAUCUUAACCCAUGUAAUCUAGUGGAAGAGGUAGUUUACAAGAGAAUCCAUAAUCAAUGGAUUUUAAGCCAAAAAAGAGCAAUAGCAAAAUUAUGAAGACUGAGAGCACAACUACUACUGCCAAAAAUCCAAAAUAAGAUUUAUUAGAGUACUUUAAAAAGGAGAGGAAUACUAUUACUUAGGUUACUAAUAAUAUCAAGACGUAAUUGUAAUAAAGCAGAAGCAUCGACAAUUUAAAUAGCCAGAAAAGUGAACGCUUAAAAAUAUCAAAUGUACUUCUUUUCUAUAUUUUAGCGACUCCAAACAGAGGAAGGCAACUUAAAUAAGAAAUCCCUUUUAAAAGGGAAGAAUCUCUCUCUUGCCACUCUACAAAUUGAUACUAAACUUUAAAAAAAUACUAUCAAAUAUAAUAAACUGAUUCAGAUGCCAUAAACCACCAAUAAAUAACCAAAAUCUACUGUAGACCAAUACUUUCAAGAUCUUUAAAUUAAAAGUGCAAAGGAUUAGAAUAAUUUUUAACCAAUUGAUUAUUAGCAAUACUUUACGAUGAGAUAAAAUAAGUAAUCUUUACUGUAAGAUUCUUAAACAUUGAAGUACUCAAUUGAAUAGAUUCUAAAUAAAAAUAAGAACUAAUUCCAUAGAAAUAAUACUGAAGUGAGAUCCACAAAUCAAUCAACAUAACAAAGAAGUGAUUCAUUGAAAAAGAAUCUUAGAGAAGAAUCAAAUCAUUAUGAUCCACAAAAGUAAUUAAAAAUCAUUUUAGUUUACAAAGGAUAAAAGUAAUAACUUAUUUAAUUCAUUAGAUAUCAUUAUCACUAUAAUUUCAUAGGUUAGACUACUGACAACUUAUACAAUUAUUUGAUUUAAUAAAUUGCCUGUAUUGAAAAGUCAUUCAUGAAACAAGGAGGAGGAACAGGAUCAACUGAAGAAUUCCAGAUUUAAGAAGGUUUAAAUAUAAAUUAUUCAUAGAAAUCAAUAAAAUAUGUCAAUUCUACACAACCUAAAAAAAUAUCCCUUAUGACUAUUAUCUAAGUUUGCCAAAUCUAUCUUUGAAUGUCUUCUAGGGUAUUACUCUCUAAUUACAACCCUUGAUUUCAUAGUCUCUUUAUGGCAAGAAGGUAUCAUUGAGAGACUUCACUUUGGUUAAGUGUAUUGGGGUCGGAGGAUUUUCAAGAGUAUAUUUAGUAAGGAAAAGAGACAAUGGCAAAUUUUAUGCUUUAAAAUUGAUUGACAAAAGUUUCAUUAUGGAAAACUAAAAAGAAGUGAUAGUUUAAAAUGAAAGAGAUAUUAUGGUCAAUAUGAGUAACGAAUUUAUUACUCCUUUACAUUUUGCAUUCGAAACUAAGUAUUAUAUCGCAUUUGUAUUGGAUUAUUGUGCUGGAGGGGAACUCUUCUACCAUUUAAGAAAAUUGAAACGCUUAACUGAAGUAGAUGCAAAAUAUUACUUUGUUGAAAUAUGCAUAGGAAUGGCAUAUUUGCAUUCAAAGGAUAUAGUCUACAGAGAUAUCAAACCAGAAAACAUACUCUUAGAUUUAAAUGGACAUCUUUUGUUGAGUGAUUUUGGGUUAAGCAAACCAAAUAUGACCAAUCAAGAUUUAGCCUAUUCUUUUUGUGGGUCUCCAGAGUACAUGGCUCCAGAGAUGCUCAUGAAAACUGGUCACAAUUAUUUAGUUGAUUGUUAUUGCCUAGGUGCUCUUCUAUAUGAGUUAGUAACAGGUUUGCCACCCUUCUACUCGCAUAAUACUCAGGAAAUCUACACUUCCAUCUUAUCUGAAUAAGUGGAAUUCCCUCCUUAUGUUUAAGUUUCAGACCUUUUAAAAGAUUUAAUUUACUAGCUCUUGGAGAAGGAUCCACAAGAGAGAUUGGGAUAAUCUUAGGGGAUAGUUGAGAUCUUGAGUCAUCCUUGGUUUGCUGAUAUCAACUUUGAAGCUAUUGUUAAUAGAAAAAUCAACCCUCCUUACAGACCGGAACCUCUGAAAUACAAUUUCGAUGAAGAGGAAUUUAACAAAGGUGAUUCAGAAUUUAGGAAAUAAUAUGCAAAUAAUCUUUAAAAAGAAUAUGUGGUAUGAUUCUCAAUCAUUUAGAAUAUUGAUAAUAACCCAAAUUUUAUACUAAGAAACUUUUACUUCUCCAGAGAAGACCUUCCUCAAAAACCUGAACACAAGCCAAAUAGAUCUAAUCAUGUGAAUUUAGCAUAACUUAAUGUGGACAAUAUUCCUAAUUCCGAUAUCAAUUCCCCUGAAAGAUAAAGAGUAUUAUUAAUCUUCCUAAAAUCAUUAGUAAAUAUCUCCUCAGGAGGCUAGAAGAGUGCCCAAAUAUUCUGGUAAAUCUGAAGUUUCAGAUCUCUUAAAGAGAAAUGAAUUUUCAAAUAAAUCAGCUUCUUUAAUCCAAUCCUCCAAAAUUACUCACGCAUAUUCAAAGACUAUGUAAUAAUAGAAUUAAAAUCAGGAUAUCAAAGUAAUACUCAAACUUAUGUUUUAGAUACUCAAACAAAUUCUAGAAUCAACCAAAGGUUAAACCAGUUCAGAAAGAACUGCUACCUUGCCUGAUUAAAACACUCAUAAAAGUGAGAACAAUCGAAUCAAAACUGAAUAGUUUGCUUAAAUAGUCUAUCCUAAAACUACUACGAAUUAUUAGUUUAAUAAAAAUUCAAAUAUGUAAAAAUUAUUUGGGUCUGAAAAGAGAUAAAAAUGA